CGUUCAUCCGCAUCAUGUGACAAAAACCCGGAAGCGCAAAUCACUCAAGAUGUCGCAGAACGGAAUUAUGAGCUAUUGAGGUCCCGUGUCUUUCUUCUUUUUUGUCCAUAAUUACAAAUACAGAAUGCAUAAUUACGAUAAGACUGCUGUGGACCCCAUGCCUGCAACCGCGCCUGAUUUCAGAGGGAAUGACGGUUCACUUGUCUCUGUGCUCAAGACGCUGUUGUUCUUCACUCUUCUGAUGAUAACUUUACCAAUCGGACUGUAUUUUGCAUCAAAGUCUUUUCUCUUUGAAGCCUUUUUGGGAUACUCUAGCAAUGACAGCUACUUCUAUGCAGCCAUCGUUGCUGUGCUUGCCGUCCAUGUGGUUCUGGCUCUCUUCGUUUACGUUGCAUGGAAUGAAGGAUCACGCCAAUGCAGAGAGGGAAAACAGGAUUAAGCAAGAUGAUUAAAACUAAAGGGAGAGAUGGAAACACACAACACACUCUGUCUGAUUCAUUCCUGAACUAGAGAAUCAUAAUGGAGUGACUCCAUCUCUCUCUCUCUCUCUCUCUCUGUGUGUGUGUUUAAUUUUCUCUGAAUGUCUCAGCCUAUCAGAGAGAAGAUGCCUGAGUUCUCACAGAAUGGAGGAGGUCAUCUUUGGUCUUGCUAUAGAGGUUGUGUCAGAAGGUGUUAGAUGUUAAUCUGUGUUUUUGUGCAAGGUUAAUUCAGGAUGGCAGAGAAGACACACUGUUCCCAUGAAAGUUCAUUGUUCUUGCAGUGUCAUAUUUGGACCCUUUUCAGUAGGGUCAGAGUUUUAUGUUGACAUUAUGUGUUUUAGAUCAAUGUAGCAAAUAAAUCAACACUCCAUCUCCCCAUUGUUUGUGCCCCUUUUUAGGACCAUAUAAAUAAAAUGACUUAAUCAUCAGAA